AUGUAUUUAAAUUUUCCUGUUGAAACAAAAAUUGAUAUUAUUAAAUGUCUCAACUUUAAUCAAAUGACUGUUAUCCAACAAAUAAAUCGGCACUUUUUCGAAUUAAUUAAUAAAUACUUGAAAGAAUUACCAAGACAAAAAUUUUCCACUAUGCAAAUAACUAGAGGUGAAUAUACUGGAAAUAUUAUAAAACCAGAACCUUUCAAUUUUGAAAUGAGUGAAGAAUUGAAUAGAAAGUGGUGCUCUGCAAUAUUUGGCAGGGUUUUUAUUUGCUACAGCUAUAAAACUUUGAAAGCAUUCACAAUUAAAUUUAAAGAGAAAGGCUGUAAACCUAUUUACCUUUAUCUGCCAAUCUACCCAAAAAACACUUUGGACAUGCAAAUUCUUUAUUGUGUAUUUUAUCAGCUUUCACAGUGCUUUUUUGAAAAAAUUGAAUUUGACCGUGUUGUAUUCAAUCCCAAAAUUUUUGAAUUACUUUAUGAUUCCGAUAAACCAAUUCAAUUUUUGUGUGGAAAUAUUCUUCAAUUAACUCUCUGCAAACCUUUAUUCGACAAAAAUGCUUUCAAACUUUUUCAAAAAAAUUUAUCAAUUUCUGGAAUUGUUAGUGUUAAUGCCUUUUCAAAUCAUCGUUUAUACACCCAAGAAUAUGAAAAAAUAAUUUUAGAAUUUUUGUUGAAAGGAGGGGAUCAAAUCCCUCAAAUUGCAAUUAACAGCUUGACAUUAGAGAUAAAUUACUUUGAUAAACUUAUAAAUGUGAGUAAAAUACUUUAA